AUGACGGCUGUUCAGAGUGGGAAGCACGCUCGCUCGCGCGGCGUGUCAAGUGCAGCGGAGGAGGAGCUGACACCACUGGAGCUCGCGCAGCAACGGAUUGCACAGUUGCCUCAGUCCACCCAGUUCCUUGAUCUCUCCGAGAUGGGCCUGCCAGCGUUUCCAGAGGAAGUGUUCAGGCUGACGCACUUGCGUGCGCUGUAUCUCAACGACAACGAUCUCGAAACCCUACCAGACCAUCUCUUCCACGGCCUUCCAGAUCUCACAUACCUUGACCUGAGGAAUAAUAGAAUCGUGGCCUUGCCAAAGGGCACGAGAGAAGCCCAGCGGCUGCGCACACUGCUGCUCGGCAACAAUCGCAUCACGGCAUUGCCCACAGAAUUGGGUGAUAUCCAAACGCUGUGUGGUCUCAACAUUGCCGGCAAUCCACUCUUCUUUCCCCCCGACGACAUCACACACCAAGGUGUUCAUGCCAUCAAAGCGUUCCUGCGUGCUAGAACAGCCUCGCUCAUCGCAGAUCCGGCUUUCAUGACCAACCCUGAGAUCGAGCACACAUCCCCAGAACCAGAACCACAACCGAGCGACGACGGCGACGUUGCAAUGUCGAACCCGUUUGCGUGGCAAGAGGACGAACGCCCGCUACCAACAACAGCAAGCAAGUCAACAGUACACACACAGGAGCACAGCAGCGUUGGGCACGUGCAGCAGCAGCACAGCAGCACAAACGCAAGCGCCACUGGUAGCGAUGGUGGGGACGGUGAUGUGUUGCUGUGGCGAGCGAGGAGCAGACGAGGAUUGGGUGCUGAUGGCGACGACACAGAGAGUGUAUCGUCAGCGCUGGCCAACAAGAUGGUGACCACUGUAUUGGACAGGCUGGCCCUUGAAGAAGCAGAGUAA